AUGGGGGGGCAUCACAUUGAUCGGCGGAAGCAUUGGAAAAGGCCUGAAUAUCGGAUCAAGGACAUAGUACAGAGAGAAGUAGAGCAAUUGCCAAAGGAGCAUCGGAACAAUGAGACGCCUCCCAAACACGAGACACCACGCACCACUACCGUUGUACUGACGGUCAUUGAGGCUGUCCUUAUGGAUGGUGCCACAGCGGCCGUGUUUACCGUCCCUUCUCUCCCGGCAACUGUCUCGCACUCACGGCUUGGUGUUGUCACGAUUCCCUCCGGAUCCAAGUCCCCAAUAAUUGUGUCUCCUUUUCCAACUUCACAGACGAAAACCCCCGAAUUAAAGAGUGUUUCACAACCUCCGCCGAGCCAACCGUCAAAGCCGUCAACGAAUGUCUCCCUUCCCUCUAGUAUACAUUCGUUACCAUCAACAGACGUUUCACUGCCCUCUAGCCAACAUUCGUCACCCUCUACUCAUGUUCCUCAGCCCUCUAAGCCAUCUACGAACAUCUCCUCACCUUCAACUAUACCCGUCACUUCUCAUGCUUCCACCUCCAUCCUUCCACAUCCAUCAUCGAAGGAUUCUUCAAUACCCUCUGAUACCCAAUCCACACCGCCCUCGGAGCCCUCAAAUUCAUCAACUUUGAGUUCUUCAAUAUCAACCAGCAAACCAGCCUCCAUAUCAUCUACACACUCUGUAUCAUCAUCCACGUCCUAUUCUCCUUCAAGCAGCCACACAUCUUCGUCAUCGUCCAUAUCCCUCUCCUCGGUAUCGACGAGUUCCGCUUCAAAAUAUCCUCCAGCAGGGGGUGGUGAACACCCACAACCAACCGCACCAACCGAACCUAAUGGAGACCAUGCCAAGGCCUCUUCCAACUCUGACGUCCCCAAGAUCGUCGGUGGUGUUGUUGGGGGUGUAGCUGGAAUUGCUCUGAUCAUAAUACUAUUACUUCUGCUGCGCCGUGUACGGAAGCGGAAAGCUGUUCGCGAAAGCAAUCUUACGGGCGGGAUAAUGAGCUCUGGCGCUUCAGCGGACCGAAACACAUUCUCCACAAGUAAUACCAGCCAGCUUUCUGGGACUGUCCUUGGUGGAGCAACACGUGUUUUUGAUAGAUUUAGAACAUCAACCGCUUCAAUGGCAGGAGAGCCUGUUGAGCGCGGAUUUCAAAAGAUAGGAGGAAGAAAACUUGCCUCUGUCCUUGAAACUGGCGGUGACGGCUACGACGACAAAUUCGGGACCGACGAAAAGAGUCUUAUUGUACCACCUCGACCAUCUGGCCAUCAAAAAGAAACUACUGCCACAAGCGGAGAAGGCUCUAUCAGCAGUGGUUUGCAUAAGGAACUUGGAUUGGGAGGACCAAUGUCUCGAUCUGCUGACCGACCUAUUUCUGACGAAAGCAUAUACUCCGAAAGAGUUGCAUUCCGCCCAUCGCCCGCUCGGACGCCCAUUGCUACGCCUGUGGGAUCUGCUAUAUGCGAGGGGAUAGCAACCACUCCUCAGAGUGGCAUAGUUGCACCAUCGGAACCAUUACCGGCGGCCUCAACACCGUCGGGCAGAGACGAAAUUGGACGAAGCUUAGCCGCAGCUGAUGGCAGCCGUGCCAGUAAAUUCACAGAAGGCGUCUGA